UAGACAUCCUCUGUCGCCGACGCAUUAGCGUUAGGAAGUUGCCUCUUAAAGAUCGAGUUAUAAACGGGUAUCCGACGAGUUAUAACAAAUUUAUUGUAUCUGCGGAUGUGUUUCAUUUGGUAAGUCGACACGAAGGAGAGUAAGGGAAACGGUAUAUAAAAUGAGAAAACGCAAACGUGAAAGGACCAAAACGAAAUGAGAAAAUAAUUCGAGCUGCUACGGUGCUCGCGAUUUUUACGCGGAGGCAUUAUCGACAGCAACCGAGGAUAGCCAAUACUUUUAUGCGUCAACGGUUGCUGAAGAGAACUUUAUUUCCAAUUUAACAGUGACGCAAAGGCUCGAACAAUAAAUUUCUACUGCCAUGGAGAAAGCAAAGGGAGAGACAAUAAACAUGCAACUCAUCGAUUCUCAAAGUCCAUACAAAGUUAACAACGAGGUAGCAACUAGUGGUCUAAGUACACCGGAUGCUCCUACGUCACCGACAGUAUCCGAGGAAUCCUAUGACCCUCAUAAACAUCGCAAUGUACCGAAUCCAACCUCAAACGCCGAAACGUUGAUACACUUGUUAAAGGGAAGCUUGGGUACCGGUAUUCUAGCGAUGCCAAAUGCAUUUUGUAAUAGUGGUCUUCUGACUGGUGCAGUAGCGACCGUCAUUAUUGGAACUUUAUGUACAUACUGCUUACACGUACUUGUCAGGGCGCAAUACAAACUAUGUAAACGGUUAAGAGUUCCUAUACUCAGUUAUCCAAUGAGUAUGAAGUACGCUCUCGAACAAGGUCCUCAAUGUAUAAAAUGGUUCUCACCGUAUGCACCAGGACUAGUAGAUGGCUUUAUGAUAACAUAUCAAUUGGGAAUUUGCUGUGUUUACAUAGUAUUUGUAGCCAAAAAUAUAAAGCAGGUGACAGACCAGUACUGGGAACCAUUGGAUAUACAAAUCCAUAUGUUCAUUUUGUUGCUUCCGCUGAUAUUGAUGAACUACAUUAGAAAUCUAAAACUAUUGGCGCCAUUUUCUACGUUAGCCAAUAUAAUAACCUUCAUUGGAUUGGGAAUGAUAAUAGCUUAUAUGUUCGAGGAUUUACCGUCUUUAAGCGAAAGACAAAUGUUUGGUACUGUGAGAAAUUUUGCUCUUUAUUUUGGUACGACUUUGUUCGCAUUGGAGGCCGUCGGUGUGAUAAUAGCUUUGGAAAAUAAUAUGAAGACCCCGCAAUAUUUUGGAGGAUAUUGUGGUGUUCUCAACAUUGGUAUGAGUGUUAUCGUUACUCUUUACAUUCUUAUGGGUUUCUUUGGUUAUUUGAAAUAUGGAUCGGAAGCUGGCGGAAGCGUUACGUUCAAUUUACCGCAAGAUCAAGUGAUGGCUCAAUCUAUCAAUAUCAUGUUUGCAAUAGCAAUUUUUAUAACUUACGCGUUACAAGGAUACGUACCUGUUGAAAUUAUCUGGAACACUUAUCUUAAUCAACGUAUACAAAAUCGUAAACUCUUUUGGGAAUACGUUUGCAGGACUGUCGUUACAUUGGUAACGUUUACGUUGGCGAUCACUAUACCAAGAUUGGGCCUGUUCAUAUCUCUUUUUGGAGCUUUAUGUCUAUCUGCCCUUGGAAUAGCCUUUCCAGCCAUAAUCGAAAUAUGUGUACUCUGGCCAGACGAGUUAGGUCCAUUCAAGUUAUUCCUAAUAAAGGAUCUCUGUUUGAUAUUGUUUGGUUUGAUAGGUCUCGUUGUUGGAACUUACGUCAGUAUAGUCGACAUUAUACUCUCGUUCAGUCCUGGUGCCAUAAACCAGAGCGAUUAAAAUUGAUCGAUCGAAAUUUGUUCUAGAGAAGAAAUAAGAACAAAAUAAAAAUGAAAGAUAAAGAAAGAGAAA